AUGACUGUUUCCAUUUUGUUCUCAAGUCGCUGUGCACAUCUCAAUCGGACCAAGGAAGCUGCGCCAAUGGUGUGAUUUGCAAAUGCUCAGGAUUUGCCCAACAGAUUUUUUGCCAGUUCAUCAACCAAUGACUGUAGGGGUAGUCUCUGCCUUGCCAGCUUGUCAAGAGAGCUGCUGCUUGAAAUUCUGGCUUCCUGCCAGCUGCUUCCGUAGCUGCCAUGAAAGUCUGGCAGAUCCUCAUCGAAAUCAUCGGUCCAAUCCGUCCGGACCGGAAGAACGAGUCUUCUCAGGUCGUAAGGACGGGAGGUGUUGAUGUUGUGUGGGAUGCCUUCCCGUAUGUUGGGGCAUGUUGGGGCAUACCCUGUCACAGGUCUUCUCCAACUCACUCCGUUUUCCGAGUGGACUCAAUCGAUCGAACUUCAGCAAAAUCACAGCUGCUUAUGCUGUUUGCUUGAGGCUGAUGGCUGGAUUGGUUCGCAACGCCGUGCCGGCGCUGCCUUUUUCUUCGUUUCAAUUGGAGAAAUGAACAUCCUGAGUCUGGUCCUAUACUGUAACAGUCGGUCAAAUUAAACAAUAAUCACUAUGUAUUUCAGAGACUAAUGGGAUACAGUAUGCCCAACGGACAUCAUGUUGCCCUGUCAAUGGCCAAUGACUUAACAGAUCUCGCACCCCAGAUUUCGUGCACAGUGCCGCGAAGUCACAUGGCUAUACCAGACUUGGUACAGGGGUACAGUGCUUUCAGAGGUUCGAUGGCACUGGCACACGAAGAUCAUGCGUUUAGUUUGAGGGUCCAUAUAAACCACCCCACUUGGGGGCCCUGGUGCCAUUGAACCUCUGAAACCGUAAAUGUUUCAUUCGACACACUGAAAUCAGUGCUUGUGAUGGAUCCAGCAGACGUGACGACUGCGACUGCGACUGCGAAUCGCCCUUUCUUGGCGCGACGUUCACCCGACGUGUUCGCCAUGUUCGCCACUGCGGCUGCGAUGUCCGAAUGUCGGCUGAAGUGAUCAGGGCCGUGAAGGCUGCGCAGAGCAGCAGCGAGGUGGAAUUGCUGUUGGCCCCUGAGCUGGCCCGGUGGGCCAGGCAACCGAAGCUGGCCACACCAGUCCUGAAGUCGACGGGACGCAAUGCGCUGCCAGCCGUGUUGUGGAUGUUAAGGAGCUCCCUCCGACCGAAUGUGAUCCACUUCAAUGCGGCCGUGGCAGCCUGCGAGGAAGCCGAUGCUUGGCCCAGUGCACUGGAGCUGCUCCGCCAGAUGCUUCAGCACUCGGUGCAGGGCAGCGUGUUAAGCUUCAACCGCACAAUGGCAGCCAUGAGCUCAGAGUGGCGCAAGUCCUUGGCCCUGUUGGAGGAGAUGCCUUCGCACCAGGUGGCGCCUUGUGCGACCACCGAUGGACG